UCGUGUUCAGUUACCUAGAAGACCUCAAACAACAAAACGAAAUGGCUCGUACCAAGCAGACUGCUCGUAAAUCAACCGGAGGAAAGGCUCCUCGCAAGCAGCUGGCGACGAAGGCUGCUCGUAAAAGUGCUCCGGCUACUGGUGGAGUGAAGAAGCCUCACCGUUAUCGUCCGGGAACAGUCGCUCUACGUGAGAUCCGUCGUUACCAGAAGUCUACUGAGCUGUUGAUCCGCAAGCUCCCAUUCCAGCGCCUGGUUCGUGAAAUCGCUCAAGAUUUCAAGACCGACCUGCGUUUCCAGAGUUCAGCUGUUAUGGCCUUGCAGGAAGCCAGUGAAGCUUAUCUGGUUGGCUUAUUCGAAGACACUAAUUUGUGUGCAAUUCACGCCAAGCGAGUCACUAUCAUGCCAAAAGACAUUCAGCUGGCUCGUCGUAUCCGUGGUGAACGUGCUUACACCAGGAAACAUAACACCAUUGUCGAAAUGGCACCGAAAGCAAGUGGAAAAGCAGUCAAAAAAGCCGGCAAGGCAACGAAGGCCAUUGUGAAGGGAGACAAGAAAAAGCGUAAGCAACGGCGCAAGGAGAGCUAUGCUAUCUACAUCUACAAGGUGUUGAAGCAAGUUCACCCCGACACCGGAGUUUCCUCGAAGGCCAUGAGCAUCAUGAACAGCUUUGUUAACGACAUCUUCGAACGCAUUGCAUCCGAAGCUUCUCGUCUGGCUCAUUACAACAAGCGCUCUACAAUCACUUCCCGCGAGAUACAGACUGCCGUUCGUCUUCUGUUACCGGGAGAGUUGGCCAAACACGCUGUCUCGGAAGGCACCAAGGCUGUCACUAAGUAUACUAGCUCCAAUGCGUCCCUGUCGCUUCAGUGCAUAGACGACAUCCAUUGCGGUGACGGUCUUGCGUUUGGCGUGUUCAGUGUAGGUGACGGCAUCUCGGAUGACAUUUUCCAGGAACACUUUCAGCACUCCUCGUGUCUCCUCGUAGAUCAGACCGGAGAUACGUUUUACACCACCACGACGAGCCAGACGGCGAAUGGCGGGCUUUGUGAUUCCCUGGAUGUUAUCACGAAGAACCUUGCGAUGACGCUUGGCGCCUCCUUUUCCGAGUCCCUUUCCUCCUUUGCCGCGACCAGUCAUUUUCUCUGCUUUUUGAUGCGCUACUUUCAGUUAACUGUUCAAGUGAAACUUAUGCCUUUUGCCGAAACCUCCGUCCUUUAUAUAGUCGACGAGUGGUGUUUCAUUCUGUGUUUUAUCUUCAUCGCGUUCAGUUACCUAGAAGACCUCAAACAACAAAACGAAAUGGCUCGUACCAAGCAGACUGCUCGUAAAUCAACCGGAGGAAAGGCUCCUCGCAAGCAGCUGGCGACGAAGGCUGCUCGUAAAAGUGCUCCGGCUACUGGUGGAGUGAAGAAGCCUCAUCGUUAUCGUCCGGGAACAGUCGCUCUUCGUGAAAUCCGUCGUUACCAGAAGUCGACUGAGCUGUUGAUCCGCAAGCUCCCAUUCCAGCGCCUGGUUCGUGAAAUCGCUCAAGAUUUCAAGACCGACCUGCGUUUCCAGAGUUCAGCUGUUAUGGCCUUGCAGGAAGCCAGUGAAGCCUAUCUGGUUGGUCUGUUCGAAGACACCAAUUUGUGCGCUAUCCACGCCAAGCGUGUCACCAUCAUGCCAAAAGACAUUCAGCUGGCUCGUCGUAUCCGUGGCGAACGUGCUUAGGACUAUCAGCUUUCAUUAAAUCUCAUUAUCAAUAAUACCAAA